AUGGCGAGUGUCGUGGCGAUCUUGGACGUAAAGGGCAAGCCAUUGAUUCAGCGGUCUUAUCGCGAUGACGUGGAUGCCUCUGCGCUGGACCGUUUCCUCCCUCUUGUGCUCGAAGUCGAAGAGGAGCAUGGAACAGGCGCCAUUCAGCCGUGCAUGAGCUCGCAAGGUGUGAAUUAUAUGCAUGUGCGCCAUAACAACUUGUACUUGCUUGCUCUUUCGCGGCGCAACACCAACGCGGCUGAGAUCCUCCUGUUUCUGCACAAGCUCGCUUCCGUGCUGGAAGAGUACUUUAAGCAGCUGGAAGAAGAAUCGAUCCGCGACAACUUUGUCAUUCUUUACGAGCUGCUGGAUGAAAUGAUGGACUUUGGAUACCCGCAGACGACCGAAAGCAAGAUCUUGCAAGAGUAUAUCACACAGGAAUCGCACAAGCUGGAGCUCCAGGUGCGCCCGCCCAUGGCUGUUACCAACGCGGUAUCCUGGCGGUCAGAGGGUAUUCGAUACCGCAAGAACGAGGUGUUCUUGGACGUGGUCGAAAGCGUCAACCUGCUUGUCAACGCCAACGGCCAUGUCGUGCGCAGUGAAAUUGUGGGCGCUGUCAAGAUGAAGUGCUACCUCUCCGGCAUGCCCGAGCUGCGUCUGGGCCUCAAUGACAAGGUGAUGUUUGAGAGCAUGGGUCGAACGUCGCGUGGAAAGGCGAUCGAAAUGGAAGACGUCAAGUUCCACCAGUGCGUGCGUCUCUCUCGCUUCGAGAACGACCGCACAAUCUCGUUCAUUCCUCCGGAUGGUGAAUUUGAGCUGAUGAGCUACCGCCUGAAUACUCAGAUCAAGCCAUUGAUUUGGGCAGAAGCCGUGGUCGAGCGUCACGAAGGCUCGCGCAUCGAAUUCAUGGUCAAGGUCAAGGCGCAGUUCAAGCGCCGAUCGACCGCGAACAAUGUCGAGAUCUUCAUUUCCGUACCCGAUGAUGCUGAUUCGCCCAAGUUCCGCGCUGCGAUUGGUUCCGUUACCUAUGCGCCCGAGCUUUCGGCUAUGGUGUGGAAGAUUAAGCAGCUGGGCGGUGGUAAGGAGUAUCUCAUGCGCGCCCAUUUCGGUCUGCCGAGCGUACGCAAUGAGGAGUCGCUGGUGCGCCGCACCCCGAUCAAUGUCAAGUUUGAAAUACCCUACUUCACCGUAUCCGGCAUCCAGGUGCGCUAUCUCAAGAUUGUGGAAAAGUCUGGCUACCAAGCGCUGCCAUGGGUCCGUUAUAUUACCCAGAAUGGCGAGUACGACCUGCGUACACAAAGCGAAAAGUCGCAAGCUCGGCUUGCGCACUUUGCGUCGUAG